CUAGACUUAAGAAAGAUAAUUACGAUCGACACAUCCGACUCUUUACUCUUAUAGCCCCCACAAAUCGCAAACCACCAAUUCGAUAACUCUCUCUUGCGGGAGUUUGGAGAAUAAAGAAGCACCCCCCCCUUAAAAAAAAUAUUAAAAAAAAGUUUUCGGUUUUCCUAUUUAUUUGAUCAGAAACUGGGAGAGAAAAAACAUGGGAAUUGAAGUCGAGAGCUUAAAGAACUUAACCGGAGGAUGGAGUGUUGGGGCUAAACGUUGUGACUCGUGCAAAACCGCGGCUGCAGCUGCGUUUUGCAGGGCCGACUCUGCUUUUUUGUGUCUGAAUUGUGAUACCAAGAUUCACCAUAGCCAGGUGAAUAGCAAAAUCAUGUCCCGGCAUGAGCGUGUGUGGAUGUGUGAGGUCUGCGAGCAAGCACCAGCUGCGGUUACUUGCAAAGCUGAUGCAGCUGCUCUUUGUGUUACUUGUGAUGCUGACAUCCACUCUGCUAACCCUCUUGCUCGCCGUCAUGAACGAGUCCCCGUCGAGCCCUUUUAUAACUCUGCUGAAUCAAUUGUUAAGACUUCCACGGCCUUCAGUAUUCUAAUACCUGGGGAAAAUGGUGUGUCUGGAUAUGAUCAGAACAAUGAUGUUGAGGGUGUUUCGUGGCUGUCACAGAGUAAUCACACAACACAUGACCAUAAUUCAAAGCUCCGAAUCGAGAAUCCUGUCGUGAAGACUGGAGACAUGUUUUUCCCCGAAAUUGAUCCGUUUCUUGAAUUCAAGUAUCAGAAUUCCAUUGAUGAGAGCUAUGAGCAGAUUCAUGGUGGUGCUGGUGCUGAUAGCGUUGUGCCUGUGCAAACCAAACCAGCUCCGCUUCCGGUGAUUAAUCAUGAAAGUUGCUUUGAUAUUGAUUUCUGUAGAUCGAAACUUACUUCUUUCAACUACUCACCUCAGUCUCGUAGCCACAGCGUUUCUCCGUCUUCCCUAGAUGUUGGUGUUGUUCCUGAUGGGAAUUCUAUGUCCGACAUAUCCUAUCCUUUUAGCCGAAGCAUGAAUACUACUAUCGAUCCAAGCAUGCCCCUCUCGGGCUGUACUGCGUAUCAAGCAGCAACUCAAUUAGCUGGGAUUGACCGUGAAGCUAGAGUUUUGAGGUACAAAGAGAAAAGAAAGAACCGGAAGUUCGAAAAGACCAUACGGUAUGCUUCCCGAAAAGCUUACGCUGAAACCAGACCGAGAAUCAAAGGCCGAUUUGCAAAACGAACCGAAAUGGAAUCCGAUACGGACAACCUAUUUAACUCCCCGAGCUCUGUCCCUUUCAUGGCCGAUACCCAAUACGGUGUCGUUCCCUCGUUUUGAUCAUGGAUUUAACGAGAGGUUAACUGGCCAGUUAAUUACUAUCUAGAAGAUUAUGUAAUUUGUCAGCUAUAAUCAAUAACGGUAAGGUGGUCUUACCCUCUUUUAAUGUUGAUUAAAGUAAUCUGUAAAUCUUAGACGAAUCCUUGAACGGAGCAGUCGAAGUGUAGCCCUUCGUUUUAUAGGCAACAAUAUCAAUCAGUUUGCAGCUGCUAAGGUUUUUGCUCUUGAAAUUUUGCUUUUCAGGUCAAAAGCCCCAUUUACCUCCUUUCCUUCUGGAACUCCAUUUUCUUUUAAAAGGGUUUUUGGUUUUAAUCUA